UAUUGUUAUAAAAGUUAAUAUUAACGAAUAAAUAAAUAUAAAAUAAACACAAUGAAAAUCGUUUUAUUUUCGAUUUUGAUCGCAGUACUUGCCGUGCAAAAGUGCCAAGCAAACUGCCAAGAAUUGCGAGAGCUUGAAUCAACUUGUGGUCGUUAUUGUUUUAAGUCGUUGCAUCCGAUCUUGGAGCACACUCGUGUCUUGCAGAGCAGAAUCAGUUACUUGGAAGCUAUUGAGGACUCCAAGACUCAUGAGAAAUUGGAAAAUAUUGAGCGUCUACUACAUAAAACUAUCGAUCCAAUUCAAGCAUUGCCAUUUGAGAGAAUUGGUUCGAAGUAUUACUAUAUUGAGCAUGACGACGAGGUGAAUUGGUUCAAGGCUGCUCACAAAUGCGCCGAAUUAGGUGGACAUUUGGCGCAUCUACAAAAUGAGCAUGAUCUUGAGGUAUUAAGUGGGAAGUUAAAGCACAAAUAUUACUGGAUCGAUAUCAAUGAUUUGGCCAACGAAAGUGAAUAUAUUUCACUGACGUCUGGACUAAAGGCGCCAUUCUUAAAAUGGUUUUCUCCUGGUGAACCAAACGAUGCAAACUCCAACGAAGAUUGCGUGCAGUUGCGUGAGGUCGAUAAUAUCUAUACGAUGAAUGAUAUUUCUUGCUACGAUAAAUGUAACUUCAUAUGCGAGAAGAACAACCCGUAAACUCUACAUACUUCAUUGUUACAAGAAAAAUUUAAGUAUCUGAAUUGAAACUUGAUU